GGAUCUUGCUUGAAAACAUCUCUCCUGCUGCUGUUGUACGUGUUACUGAGCUCGAGCUCAAAGUUCACCAUGUUGCUGUCCAUGCCCAACACCUCCACAGUCUUCAGUGUGGGUCGCAUCGGGGCAGGAGCCCUCAUCGCCAUGGACACCGUCAACAGCAGGCCAGAUCUGCUGCCAGGUCAUCAACUAGACUACCAGUAUGUGGAUGAUGAAUGUAAUGAUUUGAAAGGCCCUGGGAAAAUAGUGGAGCUUCGGUACAGAAACAAUUACAGCGCCCUCAUCGGUCCCGCCUGUUCACAGGUUUGUGGAGUGACCUCCAAACUGGCUGCGUUCUGGAACAUUCCUGUGGUCAGCCCUGUGUGUGCAGACCAGCAGUUUCUGGACAAAGAGGCUUACCCCACUCUCACCAGGGUGUUCGGUCCCUUCACAAAGAUGGGCUCCUUCUUUGUUGAGAUCUGUAAGGAAUUUGGCUGGCGGCGCAUCGGGAUCAUCCAUGAUAAUAACACGGGGUGGACUAUCCCUGCUGAGGGGAUCAGGUACCAGGCAGAAAUCAGUAACAUCACUAUCGCCAAAUACCUGGAACUGAAAGGGGAUUCCUCCCUCGCACAAGCUCAGGCUCUGGCAGAGAUGGCUGAAGUUGCAAGGAUCAUUGUGAUUUCAGCUCGAGGAGACGUUGUGCGGAGGUUUCUCAUAGAGGCCCAUAGAAAAGGCCUCACCAAUGGAGAUUAUGUCUUCUUCUGCUUUGAACCAUACAAACACGAAGACAUGUUUGGCAACUUUGACUGGGAGCAAGGAGAUGCGUACGAUUCUGUGGCAAAGCUGGCUUACCAGGCCCUGUUUGUCCUCUCCCUGUACAAGCCCAGCGAUGACAAAUACAGGACGUUUAACGAAAAGGUCAAACAAAGGGCCGAAGAGGACUUUGGUUAUGUCUACUCUGAUGAAGAAGAGGUGUCUGUUUUGGCUGCAAUAGCACAUGAUGCGGUGUGGCUGUAUGCCCAGGCACUGAACGAAAGCUUGGCAGAAAAUGGAGACCCAUAUGAUGGCUUCCGUAUCACCCGCAGAAUGUGGAACAGGACCAUUACUGGUGUCCAAGGAGAUGUGACGAUGGAUUCAAAUGGUGACCGUGAAUCUGCAUACAUGAUGAAACAUAUAGAAGUCAGCAGUGGAGCUUUUAAAGUGAUCGCUAACUACUCUGGGACAAAGAAGGUAUAUGAAUCUGUGAGAGGGGUCCACAUUCUGUGGCCGGGGGACCAGACCAACCCCCCUAAGGACACACCUCAGUGUGGGUUCAAGGGGGAGCUCUGCAUCUACACCGACAGGAAGUUUAUCAUUGCUGUGGGGCUCAUUUCUGGCUUAUUGGCAGCAGGGACUCUUGCUGUCUGUGUCCUGUACAGGAAGUACCGUCUGCAGGAGGAGGUGUCCAUGAUGCUGUGGAGGAUCAGCCCAGGUGAAGUGAGCCUGAUGGAGCUGCAUUCCCCCGCUACAGCAGCUAUGGUUCCAUACCUGAGGUCCAGAGCCAUGCAGGCUUCUGUGGAGUCCCUCAUGGGAAGCGUGAAGGACCAGUGCUCCUCUCACAGGCCUGCCGUCUAUAAAGAGAAUGUGUGUGCGGUGCGUCUGCUUGGCGUGAGGAGUGUGAGUCUGAGCAGUGAGCUGCAGACGGAGCUCAGACAGUGUAGGGAUUUAACACACAGAAACCUCUGCAGCUUCAUAGGGGCUUGCCUGGAGCCUCCCCAGCCCUUCCUCCUCACUGAGUACUGUCCCAAGGGCAGUCUGCAGGACAUUUUAAAGAGUGAGUCCAUCAAGCUGGACUGGAGUUUUAAGUACUCCCUUCUGCUGGAUAUUGUGAAGGGGAUGGACUACCUGCACUGCAGUCCGCUUCGCUCCCAUGGCCACCUGACCUCCAGAAACUGCGUCGUGGACAGCCGCUUCGUGCUCAAGGUCACUGACUUUGGGCUGGGCCCCCUGAGGCGGGCCGCCUCCACAGUCUCCCCCGACAGCCUUGGAUACCAGCAGGCCCUACUGUACAGGGCCCCAGAGCUGCUGAGAGAGAGCACGCCUCCUAAUGGCACCCAGAAGGGUGACGUGUACAGCUUCAGCAUCAUCAUUCAGGAGGUUGUGUACCGCCAUGGGCCCUUCUACAUACCAAACACCAGUCUCAAGCCCAUAGACAUCUUGGAGAGGGUGAGGGCAGGAGGCAGUAGCCCGCUGAGGCCUCACAUAGAUGGAGUCGAGUGCCCCGAGGGGAUGGAGGUGCUGAUCAAGAGCUGCUGGAGGGAGAGACCUGCAGACCGGCCUGAAUUCUCCUCCCUCAGAGUCACCAUCAAGAAGCUCAGCCCGGCUGGGGGAAGUGAGCACAUCAUGGAUGACUUGCUGUCCCGUCUGGAGCAGUACGCGUGCAACCUGGAGGAGGUGGUGAGCGAGCGCACUGCUCAGCUCCUGGAGGAGAAGAGGCGGGCCGAGGGCCUCCUCACGCAGAUGUUGCCACGGUCUGUUGCUGUGCAGCUGAUCACUGGAAACACAGUGCGGGCUGAGACAUAUGACUGUGUCACGAUUUAUUUCAGUGACAUUGAGGGUUUCACCGCCAUGUCUGCCACUCUCACACCCAUGCAGGUGGUAAAUGUACUGAAUGAUUUAUAUACAUACUUUGACACCAUCAUUGACAACCAUGAUGUUUACAAGGUUGAGACCAUCGGUGAUGCCUACAUGGUGGUUUCUGGUCUUCCUGUUAGGAAUGGAGAUGAUCAUGCUAAAGAAAUAGCCAGGAUGUCGUUGGCCAUAGUGCAGGGCAUGACCCGGUACCAGAGUGCCCAUGUGCCUGGGCAGCAGCUGAAGGUUCGCGUUGGGUUCCACUCAGGUCCAUGUGUAGCAGGUGUAGUUGGGCUGAAGAUGCCGCGAUAUUGCUUGUUUGGAGACACAGUCAACACUGCCUCAAGGAUGGAGUCUCAUGGUCUGCCUUUGAAGAUUCAUAUCAGCAGCUCCACCAAAGCUCUCCUGGACUCGUUUGGAAGCUUCCGCUGCGAGCUCAGAGGAGACAUCCACAUGAAGGGGAAAGGGCUUGUGAGGACAUUCUGGCUUUUGGGAGAGGACCAGUAAAAAUGUUUUCCCAGUGUAAUUUCAUUUUCUAUCAUUCGAAAGCAACGCUCCAUUUUUUUUCCCAGGAACCUAAUGUCUUCUAAAGCAACGUCAUUAGUUAUCUCUCCAUUUGGGUUAGUGCACAAGGCUAUGGUCCAGUGAAUGUUUUGCUAGAUUGAAGUGAUUCAAACGUCAUGUUCUGAAAAUUACACAAUUUCUCUACUCUCUUACAGUGUAAGAUCACUGUGCACCUGACCGCAUAAGAAUCUAAUUAUGGUUCACCUUGAAGAGGGCCGUUGGAGACAGGAAGGAGCCAGACAUCAACUCUGUCACUCAUUCGUGUAAUUCAGAAACCCAGGCAGUACGGCUCUGUGAAUUCAAAGUAAAAAAAUUGGACCUUAUAAUCAACAAUGAAAAGACAGCUCUCAAUUUCCAUUAUCAGUAUUAUAAUCCUAACAGAACUCCUCUAAACUACACGUUCUCCUUAGGCUGUGCAUCAAAGGUUGAUGUACCUUAGAUUGCCCCUUCAGCCAUCAUCACAAACUAAUUUUGGAAGAGUGUUGGAACAUGUUGACUACUUUCUUAAAAGCCAGCACACAGUAAUGUCUGCACAGCCGCUAGGGCAGUUCCUAAAAGCUUUGAUGUCUGUGUCCUCUUAAUUAGAGCCCCGAUAAGAUCUUCAGAUUGCCAUUGUUGAAAUGUACUCCUGUUUUCAUGUGUUCACUUAUUCUAACUCCUACUUCAUUCGCAUCCAAAAUAACAGUUGCUUGGCUAUCAGUGUUCUUAAUCAAGCAGAGUAGCUAAUUCUUUGUUUUUAAGAGAACACAGUCUGAGUAACAGCCCAUUAGUGUAAGAGCAGAAGCACACACCAAGUGGUUAGUUAUAUGGGGAAGAUGCGUAAGUUCGCCUCAGAGAUUCAAUGCUGAACAUUAUCCUACAUUGUUUUGUUUUAGCAUUGCACAAUAAUUAGUGCAACAUUGAGUGGUGUUCAGACUGAAGCCCAGAUGUUGCUUAAUAACAACUGCUAAAUGCAGGCCUUCUACUUCCAGAGUGUCAGCCUUAUUAAAUUGAAUAUAAUUCAUAUAUUAAAUAAAAUGUAAUUCACUGUUUGAUUCCUACAGUUGUUGUAGGAAUGUAAUAGUAGUAGAAAAGAUAUGUUUGCACAAGGCUUAUUCAUUUAUGCCAAAUGAAUUCACAGCAUUUACAGUGUAUUGCUAUUAAAGGCCAGCAAUGAGAAACCCUGUUUGAA